AUGGCGGGUGUGGGACCAGGCGCUCUCCCGCGAGGAGAGCGACGGCGGGAGGCCCUGGCGCUGAGGUGGGAGAGCAAGGAGCUUCGCAAGCUCGGCAGCGCCAUCAGCAAGUUCCUGGAGAGCCAGGCAAAGUCUUACGCGGCAGGCCUCGUCGGCAACGCUGUCAUCGGCGCUGCCUUCGCUACCAUCGCCCUCCCUGCCCAGCUCAUGAGCUUUGCCGACUACAUCGACAACGCCUGGACCGUCGCCGAGCAGCGCGCCGACCAGGCUGGAGAGCAGCUGGCGAGGGCCCUUGCCCUCCGCCUCCAUGGGCACAGGCCGGUGACGCUGGUGGGCUACGGCAUGGGAGCUCGGGUCGUGCUCAAGGCCCUGCUGGCUCUCUCGGAGCUCGACAACGACGCUGGGCUGGGGAUUGUGGAGACGGCGAUCUGCCUCGGCACGCCGGACUCAGCAGAUUCCCAGCUAUGGGCCAGGGCGGCGUCAGUUUGCGGGCACAGGCUAGUGAAUGGGUACCACGAGAAGGACUGGGUACUGGGGUUUGUGUAUCGGGCUACCACCACCACUCUGAGCAUCGCCGGGCUGCAGAGGGUCGCAGCUGGGCACGGCAGUGGGUACCUGCUGGAGAACGUCGACCUGACGGACACGCUGAGGGGUCAUUGGGACUACAGGGAGAAGCUGAAGGAGCUGGUGGAGAUGACGGGAGUGACGUCCGGCUUCACUGACUACAGCAAGAAGCCCGUCAUUGAGCGGGCCGAGAAGGAGUCUCCCAACGGCAAGAAGAGCAAACCUCUCUGCAUGGACAUCUUUCUUGACGAAGACGAGUUCUUGGAAAGGCCCCACAGCCGUUGAUCGCAUUUCUCCCUUCUGUUUGUGUGACGAGACAUGUGUAGAAGUUUUGAGGAACGUGUUCAACCCGUCCCUCAUUGUGUUGUGAUGAGUUUUUCCCGGAUGUGCAUGUGAAGGUUGUAUACAAUGUUGCAGCGCAGAGUUGUUCGCUGUGUAGUUCAAUGUCAAAUUUUGUGCGAAUGAAAUGUCUGUACAUCUUU